GGCAAGAAGUGCAGCAGCACAAUUGGAGCAGCCCUGCUGACCUCACAGCUGAGCUCUCUAUUUAAGAUCUGGCUCCCAGAUGUUGCAGGAGGAUCGAGGCAGCUGCAGAGCCAGCCUGGAGUGUGGAGUGAGAGCCUUCCCAGCCCCUCUGUGCCCUGGAGAUGAUUGCACUGCUCCUCUUCUCUGCCCUGCUCUGGGACCAGGCUGCAGCCUGGGGCUUCAAGGAUGGAGUGCUGCACAACUCCAUCUGGUUAGAGCGGGCGGCCGGCGUGUAUCACCGCGAGUCGCGCUCCGGCAAGUACCGGCUCACCUACGCCGAGGCCAAGGCGGUGUGCGAGUACGAGGGAGGACACCUGGCCACGUACCAGCAGCUGGAGGCAGCCAGGAAAAUAGGUUUCCACGUGUGUGCUGCUGGCUGGAUGGCAAAGGGCAGGGUUGGUUAUCCCAUAGUGAAAGCUGGAGCCAACUGUGGCUUUGGCAAGACUGGAAUUGUUGAUUAUGGAAUUCGCCUCAACAGGAGCGAGAGGUGGGACGCCUACUGCUACAACCCCAACGGAAAAGAGUGUGGCGGGGUGUUCACGGACUCCAAGCACGUGUUCAAGUCGCCAGGGUACCCGAACGAGUACGAGAACGAGCAGAUCUGCUACUGGCACAUCCGGGUCAGGUACGGGCAGAGGAUCCAGCUGCAGUUCCUGGAGUUCGAUGUGGAGGAGGACACGGCGUGCCUGGCGGAUUUCCUGGAGGUCUACGACAGCUACGACGACAUCAACGGCUUUGUGGGCAGGUUUUGUGGAGAUGAGCUGCCAGAUGACAUCAUUAGCACAGGGAAUGUGAUGACGCUGAAAUUCCUGUCGGACGCUUCGGUGACGGCCGGCGGGUUCCAGAUCCGCUACAGCACCCUGGACACUGCCAGCAGCAGGAAUUCCUCAGCCCCAGGGAAAAACAACUUUUUAUCCGGCAAAUUCGGGAUUAUGUGAGCACAGGAGUUUUAGACUGAGCCUAACUCACUUAUCUGGGUCUUUGGUUUUUU